AUGACAACAAAAAAUAUAACACCAGCUGAAAUGUCCAAAUGUCUUGGAAUAAGUCUUUCAACUUUGUGCAAUUGGAAAAACGAUGAAAAAUCAUUAAACAUUGAAAGAGAACAGGUUCAUGCUCUUCAAGCCAACAAGACCAAACGUCUUUGUCAACUAGAAAAUCCCCUGGUCGAUGAAGCAACAUGGUCAUGGUUUAAACAGCAAAGAAAAUCAGGCGCACCAUUAAGUGGUCCUCUUUUAAAAUCUCGAUCCUAUAAUGGUUGGCUUGAUAAAUGGAAAAAAAGACACCACAUCAGGAACAUCACCUUAAGUGGUGAAAAAAAAUCAGCUGACUAUGAUGCUGCGACUGAAUAUCGAGAUAAAUUUCAUCAGAUAAUUCAAGAUCAGGGUCUCACUGCAGAUCAAGUAUUCAAUGCUGAUGAGACUGGUGUCAAUUAUCGACAAAUGCCAAGAAGAAGUUUAGCUGUUAAAGAAGAAGUUGGUACAUCUGGUUUUAAAAUCCAAAAAGAACGAAUAACAGCUAUGGCAGCUAUGAUGUGUAAUGCAUCUGGUACAAUAAAACUGCCAUUAGUUGUCAUUGGAAAAUAUGCAAAACCACGUGCAAUAAAAGACCACUUGAACAAUCUUCCAGUGAGCUAUAAAAGCCAAAAAAGUGCUUGGAUGACCACUGACAUAUUUUCAAGUUGGUUUUACGAUGAGUUUGUGCCAUUCGUCAGUAAAAAGUUGGAAGAACAAAAAAAACCAAUAAAAGCUAUUCUUUUUGCUGACAAUUGUAGUGCCCAUGGUUCAAACUUGAAGAGUUGUGACAUAGAACUGUGGCCAGAUAUCCAAACGUGUAUAACUGAAUCUUAA